GGCCAUUUUGGAGAUUGUUUCACCCACAAAAAAGUUAUGCAGCCCAAUUGUAGUAGUUUACAAAAUAAAUUUACUUAAAAUUGUAACGUAAAUAGACAAGUGCAUAAUCAAAGCUAAAAAUAAAGAUGAUCCAUCGAAGUGUGAAACCAACGAAGCAGUAAAACGAACAAGUUGCUUCGCCAGUGACUAUCUCUCAACGCACGCACACAUGUAUCUCAAGCACCCCACAUGGAUCCCAACUCCAGCCCCUGGUCUUACGCUUACAAUCGCAUCGUACCCGGUUCCGCAGGCAGCACGGGCAGCUCAGCGGAGGAAUUUCAGCACCCGCACUUAGCGACAAUUACAGCGGCCAGCCUUGCUAGUUUUAACGCGGCUGCAGCGAGCGGCGGCAGUUUCGUGCCACCAUCGCCGAUCGGCAGCUACAAUCCAGUAUUCCAGCAGAUAUAUCAUCAUGCGGCCGCCGCUAGCGUGCAGCCCAAGCCGGCGCACUAUGCCUCAACGACGGUCAACACACCGCACCGACAGCUGCAGCAACUGCAACUGCCCACAUCGCUGGACAAACAGCUUAGCUCCUUUCAAAACCAAGCUGCGGUAGCCGCUGUUUCCUCCGCCGCUGCAGCAGCCGCUGCUGUCAACAAUGUUGCCUCCAAUUACUACGGCGAGAACUCAUCGUCCAGCGGCGCCUCGCCGUCACCCACUACAGUGGCUCUGACAUCGACUUCGCUGACGUGGAACACACCCAACAUGAUAUCCAACACGUUCCUUGCCAUGCAGCAGCAACAGCAGCAGGCACAACAGCAACAGCAGCAGCAACAACAGCAACUGAACCUAGUGGCUGACAAAGUGCAAAUCAAACAAGAAAAUUCACAACAAGCAAAGGCGCAAAUCAAAGCGUACAACGAACUAAUUUACUUGACCCAAUUGCAACAACAACAACAACAGCAGCAGCAGCAACAACAACAACAACAACAGCAGCAGCAGCAGCAGCAGCAGCAACAACAGCAGCAGGAACAAUUGCAACAUGAGAUUGCCGAGACGGAGACCUAUUACACCAUGGAUGGUCAAAAACUGAAGUUGGCUCGCAAGGAUCCGCAAACGAUACACAUCGAACAGCAGAAUGUUAGCCCUGCUUAUGCGGCGCAGUAUGCGAGUCCUGCAUUGAGCUCUGCGGACGGAUCACCUAUCACGAAUUUACACACGGUCGAUGUGGGCGGAUCACCACAGGUGAUUGUCUAUAAGACAACGGCGCCGGUAUCCGCGUCGGCGGCAGCUGCGGCUGGUUCCCCAGUAUCGCGACGCACCGUUAUGAACGUGGCAGGCGCGGGUUCGUCUGCAGCGCCCACAACGGUGGCCUACUCAUCUGUGAUACAAAGCACGCUGCAACAGCAGCAACAGCAGCACUUGCAGCAGCAGCAACAACAACAACAGCAGCAGCAGCAGCACUGCUGGACAAAGCCAGAGGAUGGGCAGGAGGAGAUUAAAAGUGUGUUGCAGUUGCACGUCAAGCAAGAGCAUCGGCAGCUGGACUAUGCCAAUGAUGCAGCUGGCGGUGCAGAUAACAGCGAGAAUCUCGUGUUUAAUUUGCCUCCAGGUCUUGAGAUAAAACAAACGUUCUAUCAGCCGGCCGUUGUUGAUGUAGAUUCACCUGCGGCAGUGUCCUUGCAACAGGCACAGGCGCAGGCAGUGGCGCAGGAGCAUUUGUUGCAACAGCAACAACAGCAGCAGAGUGCUAGCUCGCCGCAAGGCCGGCGACAGCACGUUGUGGCUAAUAUGAUAUUGUCACCAGGGACAGGGACUUCGAGCAGCUUAGCGUCACAGAUUCAAACAGUGCCAAAGGAGGACGUAAAGCCGCCACCUAAGCCAGCAAAGACGCCGCGCAAGCGACAGCCGAAGAAGACGCUCAUUCCGAGUAGCGAGUACAGCACCGUUCGCAGUCCACAGGAAUCGCAGCACCACCAGCUGCAGCAGCAACAGCAGCAUAAUCAGCAGCAGCAACAGCAGCAAAAUACGUAUUACGAUUUUAAUAGCAAGUGGAAUGCGCCGCUCAAAACGGAGAACAAUGCGGCGUCUGUGUCACCGGCGACAACCAUCAACAUACCCACAUAUCCGCAGCACAGCCAGCAACAUCAACAGUCCUCCCAGCAGCAACAGCAGCAGCAGCAACAUCUGCCGCAGCCCGCACACUUGCAAUCGUCACAGGCGCAAUCGCACCUCACGCAGCUUGCCCAGUACUAUCCAGCGUUUCCGCAACCCAUUGCAUCCCAGUACACGGCGUGUAUGCAGCAGCAACAACAGCAACAACAACAACAGCAGCAGCAACAACAACAACAACAGCAGCAGCAACAGCAGGUCUACACACAACAACAGCAACAACAGCAGCAGCAGCAGGUCUAUGCACAACAAUUGCAGCACCAACAACAGCAACAACAACAACAACAGCAGCAGCAGCAACAUCAGCAAGAAAAGGUUGAGGCUGUGCAUCAGCAAGAGGAGGAAACGGCAGCUGCAGCUGCAGCUGCCACCGAGGCCAGCAAUAAGGUCAUUGUGCCAAACAUAGAAGAGGAGCUGGAUUUUUUGGCUGAUGCGAAUAGUGCACCUAAACAGGGAUAUGCCAAUUCGCUGACAACUAAUGGGCGCAACACGAACUCCUCGACAAACAAUACAAACUUUGGCAUACGUAAUCCUAACAAAACGCCUUCACCGGAGCCGCCUUCUAUUACAACGCACGAUUGCAGCAAUAACGGGUUAACGCCGGCGACUACAACACUUAGCACAUCCGGCACGACGUCAACAACGUACAGCCCCGCCGCACCAAAGCCAGUCAGCGUGGGCACGUCAAUUGGGGAAAAGAAGACACAGUUUAUGGAUAGUUAUCUGAAAUUUCUUCAAGGCGAUCGUGACGAUGAUCCGCCGCCAGUGGUGAAGCCUUCGCGCAAGCUUAAUUAUCCACGUGCUCCCUAUAAACGCAAAGGCAAGGCUGGUGCCGGUGAUGAAGCGUCCACGUCGCAGGCAACAGCAGCGGGUGCAGCAGCGACGGACAAUCAAGCGGCACAGAAUCUGGCCGGUCUCGUCGGAGACGAUGGGCAUCGCAUCAAAAUACUCUCACAAACUCAAAUACUGCCGAAAAAGAGGCCGCAUGCACAAAUGGUGGCGGCGGCAGCUGCCGCAGCAGCAGCCGCUGAAUCAACAUCUACCUCUGUCAUACAGCAUCCCGCAGCCGAUCAGACGACAUCCUCGUUUCGGCCAUACGCCCAGCAGCAACAGGAUUCGCCGGGAUUGGGCGCCGCACAGCAUUUCGUGCAGCAGCAUUGCGCGCAGUUGGGUUCUGGUGUUGGUGGAAGCGGGAGCGGCAGUCAAGACCCUUUAAACUUGCCGCCGCGUCGGGAGCAAUGCUCCCGCAAGGCCAAGGAGAGCAGCAUGCACGCGCUUCUCUUGAAUACAUCAACUAUUGGGGAGGGCGGUGCGGUUGGUGAGCCAGAGGAGUUCACCGACUCGGACACGGAUCCCGUUUGGACGCCGCAGGAGGAAGAUAGUGACGACGGCGGCAAGGGCUAUGGCAAGCGAAAAGCAGCACGACGCAUCAAGGGAACGCCGCGCAAGAACACCUACUGCCAGCCAACAACGCAUUUGCAUCAACACCAGCAGUUGCAACAGCUGCAGGCGGCACAGCAGCAGCAGCAGCCACAAUUGCAUGUCUCUAGCGAUGGCUAUAAUCCGCAGCAGGAUCUGCAGGGUGGGGCAGAUGUUGGUUAUGGAAGUGCACCAACGGGAACACCAGCCACGGCUGAGAACUUUAAAACCGGAGACUUUAUCGUUUUACGUGCGGAUUUGGUUAACGAUUGGCCCACCAUUUGGCAGGUGGACUCUAAAUGUAUAUUGCAAAAGUACGAGCCAUUUCGACAGAACGGCAAGACCUUUUACCGGAACAUGUCCAAAUACGCUUCGUGGAAUCUAGAAACGAAGAAACUCUACCUCAAAGCACCCGUUCGCAUACAGAUGCAAUCUCACACUGAGACAAUUGUGGAGUUUAUGCGUUCCGAGCUGCUGGCCGACGAUACUGAGCAGUUCAUUGAGAAGAUAAUGGAGGAUUUUCUAACGUAUCGGGAUAAUUUUGAAAUUUAUAUACAAACAAUGAUAUCGCAGGCACUCGAUCCAAGCUUUUUCUCUGAGAUAACGCGCGAGAAAGAUGACUACUUUUUGGGUAGCGUGCGCGUAAUAGACAACAUUAUGGACAAUUGCAAACGGAAACUGUUGGCCAUCACCCCGUGGACACGCAGCAUUAUCUCAUCAAUUGAGACGUGGCCAAAGUGUCACGUUUUCUCUGAAUGGGUGCAGAACAAUUUGACCCAGAAGAACUGCGCUGGCUGCCAUCAACCAGGCAUUGCGGUUCGUUUCCUUCUGUUUGGGGAACCCUAUAAUCCAAACACCAUGCAGACCAUAUCUGCAGAUGCGCGAAUUGUAUACGAGAAGGACAUUGUAUUGUGUCGCAUUUGUGCUGCGCGUGCGGAUCUCUUCCACAAGAUUGCUCAUGAGAAGUUCAAUCUGUUUAUCAAUUGUUCGCAGCGUGUUACAGAGCAGCAACAACAGUUUCCCGGCAAGACUUCGACGGAAAUACUAAAUGAUCUAUUGGCCGAACACAACUGGAUAGAUGAGCUGUUUCGCAACAUGCGCAACUGUUGGGCUGAAGUUGAGAGUUUGGAGCGGCAGAAACGUUUUCGCGAAGUAAUGCAGUAAUUAUCAAUAGCAAUAAUAGGCUUUGUUUACUUACUGAAGGUUGUUCUGGAGCUGGAGCCGCUUGAAUAUAUAUUAAUUUAUACAACAAAGCUGCAAUAAACUCAAUGAGUUGUUAGUUAUAAUCAUAUAACAUUAAUCUUAAGAUUGUGCUAGAAGGGUUUUUCGUAUUGCAUAUCGCAGUCUUCUUCAGUCUGCGAUCCAAUCAAGCCAUAUGUUAUACACAUCGCAUAAACAUACUAUGUUAGAGUGUUUAUGCUGUGACUGGUUGUAGCAACGUAUAAAACUUAUGUAUAUAAUACUAUAAAUAUGGGUAUCCUUAAGAUAAUAAUGCGAUUCUGUCAGCAACUAUCUCAUAAGCUUAAAUCCGAAAGUCCAAUGCACUUUUAGUUGCAUACCACAUAGAUCUUUAAGUUGUCUUUGGCAAUGUGUUUUUCAAAACGCAUAGAUGAAUACACUUUUUUAUGUUUUACCGACACAUCCAAAAUUUACAUAGAAUCGGUAUUAGUAAGCGCACUACAAAAUAGUUUUAGCACCUACAGUAUAAAUGAAUUUUAACAAUAGACAAAGACAUAGUGCAGAAUUUAUGGUUUGCGGCCUUUUAUUUUUAAUGUCCAUGACCGAAGUUAUUCUAUUUAGUUCUUAUAUAUAUUUAAACACUAGUUGUACAAUUCAGUUGCUUUCAAGUUCAUUCAAUAAUUGAAAUAAAUUGCUUGUAAAUAAAACAAAUAUUAAUACAUAAAUAAUUUAAGCCUUACAA